AUGCCAGCCUACCACAUCACCGAACCGCACCCCUCCCUCCCCGCCUCGCACAUCUACCACUCGGGCCGCGGCGGCGCCGGCAACUACACCCGCGUCACCCCCUCCUCCAUCACCCCCGGUGCCACCGCCUCCGGUCCCGCCUCGCGCAUCAAACUGACCCCUCCACCCUCGACCGCCAUCUUCGCCUCGGGUCGCGGCGGAGCGGGCAACAUGCGCGCCGAGAGGGAACGCGCCAUGUUCAGCUUCGACGAGGAGUUGGCCGCCCAGGAGCGCUUGAGGGAGCAUGCGGCGCCCGUCUAUCACAUUGGGCGGGGAGGCGCAGGGAACUUCUGCGUGGAUGACGAGGCCGGGGGUAUGCGGAGG